AAGAACGAAGAAGGAAGAAGAAGAAAAGACAGAAGAAGAGAAAAAGAAAAAAAAAAAGAAGAGAAGAAGAAGAAGAAGAAGAAGAACGAAGCAAUAAACCAAACUAUUCUAGAAAACACAGUUGUAUUACAUAGUAUAACAGAUAUACAUGCAAUAAGUAUUUUAAAAUAAUUAUAAUACUACUUUACAAGAAAAGCGACAAAGUGUUACGAUAUAAAAAAACAAAAACAAAAAAACAAUCUACUGGAAACGACAAUUUUGCAAAGAGUGAGAGGACAUCAUUUUGAGGGUGUAGAGAACAUCAAAAUAUCUUUGGAACGGUGUUAAAAAUUGAAUUUGAAGCCGCACGCUAACGACGAUAUUUAAUUGCAAAAUAAUAGCAAGAAGAAGAAGAAGAAGAAGACAAUUAGCAACAACAGUCUUCAACAAAAACAGUAGCAGCAACAACAGCACCAACAAAAGAUAUAAAAAGAAGAAAAACACAGAAAGCGGACGCAACCUUACUUCCCAAGAAAAGAGAGAGAGAGAGAGAGAGAGAGAGAACCGCAAGUGACAGACGGGCUACAAGGGAAGCAACAACAACAACAACAAUAACAGCAACAACUGCAAUUGAAAAUACUCCAGAAGCAGCUGUAGCCGCAACAACAGCAACAGCAGUAGAAGCAACAGGAACAAUAGUUAAAGGGAUUUUUCAAAUAAUAAAGUGUUGAAAAAUCAAAAAUGUGUCGACAAGGAGUAUUCUUCAUUGUAGCCAUGUGUUUUGUGGUAUUUGUACAGUCUUUUGACGUGAAGACAUUCUGUAAGACUCGUUGUGCCGUUGGUAGAGGGGGCAAUUUAUGUCGUUGCAAUGCAUUCCACUUCGCUGGCAAAAGAUCGGACGGGCAAUACAAGCGACAAGAAUUCGGCACCAUUAACACAGACGAUAAUUACAAUCCGUUUCAAAGUUAUUUUGAAAACCUAUCCGGGUCUUUGCCUAUACAAAGACAGAGUGCACAGCAAAACGAUUACGAUGACAACGACGCGACUACAGGAAACCAGAUGUUAUAUCCAGUGAGGGAUGAGGCCCUCUUCAGAAGGGCCAUCUCAGAACAGAUGAACUCCAAUGAUCAACUUCUACCAGGUGAUAUCCGCAUCCCCAACAGCAACACAAGAAGUCAGAAGGAAGGCAGCCGUCUUCAGAACUUAUUGCAGAAACAGUAUAAAAGAUAUAAGAACGACAGCAACAACAACAACAACAACCUAUCUGGAGUACUGCCGAUCGACGUCAAUGACUUCAAUGAUAGAUCAGCUCGUUUAAGAAACACUUUACAUCACACUGACAAUAUAAAGUUCUUGUAGCUGUGGUAGACUACACACUGUGCUGGUAGGUCGUACGCUGAGGUGUAAAUGGCCGAGUAGACCGUACGCUAAAGUUGCACCGAAUAUUUCAGUCCCAUCACCUGCCGAUACUCUACAAGGCUUAACUGAAGUACUUUAC